UUCUACAGAAGAUGCAGUUCCUCGACCUAGCGCCCGAGCUAGUCCACCAGAUCUUGCUCGAAGCCGUCUUGACUCGUGGAAUCCUAAGGUCUUUGACAUUAAAACUUGUAUGCAAACGAUUUUGUCACGACGUCCAAUUUGCGCUGUUUGAAUCUCACCUUCUAGACGAUUACAACACUUGGGGACUUGUGACCUACUGGCAUAUGGAUAGAAGCCGACGGGCGUGCAAUUUUUGGCACCCCUAUCUCAUACACAGAGUCCAAAAUAACUCCGAUUCCUGCCCGCCUCAAUUUCGCCACAUCCGCCGAAUCGUCGAAACUCUCUGUGCGGAAACGGGCGAUGACGUGAAAACCACGAUAGAAACUCUUUGUUGGCCGGCAUUAAGAGCAGCAACCCAUUUUGCCAAUAAUAAACAGCCAUCUUACUUUAAACUUGACUUCGAGUCGGAUCUACUAUGUGCAGCGACUUAUCUCAACAUCGUUCCUGUAGUAAAACGUUUACUUCAAGGAAAACUCAUGCCAAAAUAUAGGCGCUUUUUAUUCGGCUCGCCUAUGCUAUUGGCUGCAUCGACAGGACACAAGUAUUUACUGGAGUACCUUUAGGAGAAGAUGCUACAGAUGCCUUCAGAUUCUGAUCGCCAGUUUGCUCAAUACGACUCGAUCAGAGGGGCCGCAAUGAGCGGAGACUUGGAGAUGGUACGAACUGCUUUGUAUCCAUCAUCAUGGUCAACUAUUGACAAUAUGAACUUCAUAGACGGGCAAUUCAUUCCCCAGAGUUCAUUUGCCGGGGCUGCUCUUAUAAAAGCACAAAAGUCUACAGGGAGU